AAUAUCUUUUGCUUAGUCAUUGAAACAAAUGUGGAUAAUUCGGCUAAUUAUAUUUUUGCGAAUGGCAUGGUGCUCCACUAAGGUCAUUUCGGGAACUCACCAAAUCAACAUGCCUUAUGAUGACCUGUAUAGUAGUGUUUUUAUUAACGAGGACGCAAAUGUGGUUUUUUUUGGCAACGAAAAUAUUUGCAUCCAUAAAGAAAUCGACAAUUUAGGUGCAAUUACCUUUACUACGAAAACUGGAACUAAUAUUGAGCUGGAAAAUAUAUUGUCCUCGUUUAACAACAAGGGAAUUGCCAGGUUUCAUGCUAACCAUGGAAAGGCAAUGAAAAUGAAAAUAUACCAUGCUAUAUUUGAAAAUAGUGGCACAAUACUAUUUCAAAGUGAGACAACUACUCGUGAUAUUGCAUCUUCCACUAUCCACGGAACUUUAGGAUGGACCAAUACUGGAACAAUUAUAAUCAACAACAAAUCUCAAAGUCCAGGAAAGUUUAGAAUGGGUCUUAUUGUCAAAAAUAGUGGCAUAAUUAUACUAAAUAACCAAAAUUACAUUCAAUCUGAAGGUCAAAUAAAUGGUGGUGGUUGUAUUUAUCUCGAAGAGAAAAGUAGUUGUGAGCUUCAUUCAGUCCACUCAUCAAAAGACCAAGUAUUUGUUAUGGGAGAAUAUACAAGUGUUUGGAUUAAGGGUAUUUUGGUUAAUAAUUACAUGUUUAUGAAUUUUGGGGCCCAAAAUGAAAUCAAAUUUGAUGAUAAUUUAAACCGAAAUAAUUUUCAAUAUUUUGACAAGCUGGGUCGUUUACAGCUUUCACUUAUACCUUAUAGAUCUAUUAUUAUUGGAAGUGGGUAUAAUGUGAAAUCAUUUCAAGUUCUGCAAAAUGGAAAGGUUUUAUCUUAUAACGGCCCAAGACCUAACACUACAGGUUGUGAUUGUAAGAAAUUUCCCUUUAUCGGACAAACUAUACCACCUAAUGGUUGUGAAGACGGUGGAUCUUCUCAAUUUCCAGAUAUUAAUGCAAUUAAUCAAGUGGAUAUAGGUAUUAUAGACACAGAUGAUAGCGAUGAAAAUAAUGUUACAAAAGUAGAGAUUCCUGAUCUCAUUGAAGCAGGUGAUAAUAGUGAUAAAGUGGAAGUGCCUGGUACAGAUGGUGGAGGUAGUAGCGAUGAGAAUGAACUUGAGCUUCCUAGUGUAGUUGGCGGUGGAAAUGAUAACAACAAGAAUGAGGUAGAAGUUAGUGGUGGUACCGUCAAGGGUGGUAGUGAAAAUAAUGAAGUCCCGGGUCCUGGUGGUAGUAAUGAGAAUGAAGUUGAACUUGUUGGUACGAUCGAAGGUAGUAGUGGUAAUGGAAAUAAAGAAGAAGAAAAUCCUGGUGGUAUCGAUGAAGGUGGUAAUAUAGAGGAAGAAGUUCCCGUAGACUAUAAUGAAGUAGAAUUUCCUGGUAUUGCCGAAGGAGGUGGUAAUAGUGGUAGUAACGAAAUGGAACUUCCUAGUAUCAUUGAAGGUGGCGAGGGUAGUAAUAAAAAUGAGGUAGAAGUUCCUGGUAAUGAUGUUGAAAAUGGAGGUGGUAAUGAGAAGAAUGAAGUAGAAAGCACAGCUGGUAUCACUGAAGGUGGUGCUGAUAAGGAAAAAGAAGUUCCUGAUAUCGCUGAAGGUGGCAAUGGCAAUAAAGAAGUAGAAAAUCCUGGUGGUAUCGAUGAAGGUGGUAAUAUAGAGGAAGAAGUUCCUGGUGAUUAUAGUGAAGUAGAACUUCCUGGUAUUGCCGAAGGAGGUGGUAAUAGUGAUAGUAACGAAAUGGAACUUCCUAGUAUCAUUGAAGGUGGCGCUGAUAAGGAAAAAGAAGUUCCUGAUAUCGCUGAAGGUGGAAGUAAUGAUAAGGAAGUAGAAACUCCAGGUAGUAAUUCUGAAGGUUCUUCUAAUGAAAUUAACAAUGUGAACGAUAGCAAAGAUCAGGUUGAUGGCAGUGGAUCCAAUGAAAUUAAAGAUGGAAUAACCGAAAAAAAUGGAAGCGACAGGGAUGAUGGAUCCAAAAGUGGACCUCAGCCAGAUGGGAGUGGAUCAAACGGAACAGAAGAAGGAGAAAAUGUAUCGAAUGGAGAUAACAGCGGUGAUUCAUCCAAUAAUGAUCCCUCAUCUGAAUUCAAUGGUAUUCCACCUGAAUCCAAUAGUGGGUCCACACAUGUACCUGAUGGUGCAAAAGGAAGUACUAGUGAAGGGAACUAUGGCGGUGAUGUAUUGGGAAAUGGUUCCAUCGAUGAUUCCGAUGAGAAAAAGCUAGCAGAAACGAAUAAUGGAUCAGAUGGUAUUAGAGAAACUUCAAAUGAAACAAACGACAAAGACAGUAAUAGUGAAUCCAAGAAUGAAACUCCACCUGAAUCUAAUGGCUCCAUACCUGGAAGUACACCGGGUUCCAAUAGUGGAGUUUCAGAUGGUAUGAAUGAAUCUAAUGGAGUAAACACUGAUGGUUUUACUGAUGGAACCCCAUCGGGUCCUAAGGAGUGGGACUCGCGAUUUAGUUGUCAACCUGCCUAA